GGGCAACUGGAGAAGGCAAAUGAUUUCUUAAGCAAAAUGGAGAAGAAUGGUUGUCCUCCUGAUGUUAUGACGUUUAAUACACUCAUUUUAUGUUGCUCCAAAAACAGCAAGACCUCCAAAGUUGUGGAACUUCUUUGCAUAAUGGCAGAGAAAAAUCUAUCCCCUAAUGCAACAACCUUUUCCAUUGCAUAAGUCUGCUCUCAAACUUAAAGGAUGAAAAGCGUCAAGAACUUCUGGACUUGCUUCCAACAUUUCCUGCCCAAGAUCAUUGAGGUAGAUGACAAACUGAAUAAGUAACUGCAUUGAAGUUUGGACGCACAAAAUCAGUCAUUGAGAUCAUGAAGAAUUUUGGCAGAGGUUACUUUGUCUGGUAUUCCCAGUAUAAACCAAAUGUAGUUAUUUCUUUGGCAGAAAAUAAGAGCAUGGUCUGAUUUUUGUAUAAGGCUAUGAUGCACAGUGAUGAUGUCAGUUUGCAAGGGAAGAAAUAUUGAAAGCUUGAAGUUGCAACCUUUUCAUGACAACCAGGUGCAUUACACCCAAAGACAUCUGUUCAUUAAUUCUUUAUAACAUAUUAUUUGAUCAGGUUUGCCAUUAUAGACUAGAUAACUAUUGAUGGAAACCUGCUUAACUAGGAUGAAAUAUAUUUGAAGCUCGUUUAAGAAGUAGAAACUAGCUAUUUAUGUAAGUUGGUUUUAUUUUGGAUAUGUGAUUCUAGUCUCAUUUUGAUUCAUGCUUCAGGCAACUCUUAGCAAGCCUUGUGAUUAAAUCAUCUUGGAGUGCUGCUAUCUGUAAUAGAUGGCUUCAAAGGAAAAAAAGGCUUUGCUAUGC